AUGGUCUUCUCAUCGUCAAAGAAAGUCCAGGAGGCUGAGGUGAAGGAUCCCUCGGCCUUUGUGGACAACGAGACAGCGAGCGACGAUGGUCACGAUGUCUACCAGACUAGCGAAGGCCGACGACAGAUUGGUCUCGUUAGUGCCAUCUUCCUCAUCUUUAACCGCAUGAUUGGAACUGGUAUUUUCGCUACCCCAAGUAGCAUUCUGUCAAGCAGUGGAAGUGUCGGCCUUGCAUUGUUCAUCUGGGUAGCUGGAUUGAUCAUUGCCGCUGCUGGAAUGGCUGUCUAUCUCGAGUUUGGAACAGCACUUCCCAGGAACGGUGGAGAGAAGAACUACCUCGAGUACGUGUUCAAGAAGCCUAAGUUCUUGGUCACUGGUCUUUACGUGCCCGUCAACCGCUGGAACCAAAGAGGAAUCGGUCUCGCAUGUAUCACUUCGGCCUUCCUCAUCCACGGUCUCGCUCUGAAGUGGGGUCUUCGCCUCCAGAACGUUCUUGGUGUUAUAAAGCUCAUCAUUCUGCUCAUCAUCGUUAUCGCUGGAUUCGCCGCUCUUGGAGGCCAUUUGCGCAUCGAGAAACCCAACAACUUCGACAAUGCUUUCGCGGGUACUACAGGUUCGGCAUACGGCGUAGUCACCGCGCUAUACAAUGUCAUCUGGUCAUUCAUCGGCUACAGCAACGCCAAUUAUUCCAUGAGCGAGAUGAAGAACCCUGUUCGUACACUCAAGAUCGCAGCUCCUACCGCUAUCAUGAUCGUUGGAGUUCUCUAUAUCCUCGCCAACGUUGCAUACUUCGCUGCGGUUCCCAAAGAGGAAAUCGUCAGUAGCGGACGUAUUCUAGCUGCUCAGUUCUUCCGAAAUGUGUUCGGUCCUAAAGCGGAGAGGGCAUUGAGCGUCUUUGUCGCUCUUUCGGCUUACGGAAACGUACUUUCCGUGAUCUUCUCCCAGGGCAGACUUGUCCAAGAACUUGGUCGUGAAGGCAUCUUGCCGUUCUCCAGACUUUGGGCGAGCAACAAGCCCUUCAAUGCGCCUUUCAUGGGCCUGUUUGAGCACUGGGCUGUUUCGGUAAUCAUCAUGUUGGCUCCUCCUCCCGGUGACGCCUACAAUUUCAUCNNCCUGAACGUGAUCUCAUACCCACUUUCAGUCGUCAACGUCUUCGUCUCGGUUGGUCUUAUUUGGAUCUACCUUCAUCGCGAGCAAUUCAACUGGAACCCUCCGGUUAAAGCUACCCUUCCGGUUACCGUCUUCUUCUUCCUCAGCAAUGUCUACCUGGUCGUUGCACCAUUUGUUCCCCCUCCCACCCCCGAGCUGAACCAGUACAAAUCACUCCCCUAUUACCUUCACUGUGUUGUUGGUCUCGGCGUAAUCGCAGCCGGCGGUAUCUAUUGGGUCUUCUGGGCUGUUCUCCUACCCAAAAUUGGAGGCUACCGUCUUGAGAAGGAAGUCCACAAGGAUGCCGAAGGCUGGACCAGGAACAUCUUCAUCAAAGUUCCAAAGCACCAACCUCCUGUCGAAGGCAGCAGUUUCUAA